AAAGUUUCAUAUGCCAAUAACUUCUAGCUAGUUAGAGCUACAAUAUUAUAUCAUAGCUAUUGGUGUUAAUAUAUCAUCCUAUUUCAAUGUCUUCAACAAAAUUUGCCAAAAUCCACACAAUGGAUAUAGAUGAAUCCAUUGAAGAACAAGGUCAACUUAGCCAAGAAAACAAGAAACUAAUUCUUUCUCUUCCAAGAGAGAAAGGUUGGAGAACACCUUAUAUUUAUCUAUUCCAAGGAUUUUGGUGCCAACCAGCUGAAAUCCAAGCCAUAACCACUUUCCAAAAGCAUUUCCAAGCUAAAGAAAGUGAUGUUUUUGUUGCAACCGUACCAAAAUCAGGCACAACUUGGUUAAAAGCUCUUACCUAUGCCAUUAUGAAUCGCCAAAACCAUUUCAUUUCAUCCAAAAACCAUCCUUUGCUUAGUUUCAAUCCACAUGAUCUUGUUCCUUUCAUUGAGUAUACAGUUUAUGGUAAGCAUGACACAAUUCCUGAUUUGUCUAAAAUUCAUGAGCCUAGACUUUUUGGUACACAUAUUCCUUUUGACUCAUUGUCCAAUUCAAUCAAAGGUUCCAAUUGCAAAAUAGUUUAUAUUUGUAGGAACCCUUUUGAUACUUUCAUCUCUUCUUGGACUUUUGCCAACAAAAUUAAGCCACCUUCUUUGCCUACAUUGAAUUUAGAGGAAGCUUUUGAAAUGUAUUGUAAUGGUUUAGUUGGGUUUGGCCCAUUUUGGAAUCACAUGUUAGGUUAUUGGAAUGAGAGCAAAGAGAGACCAAAAAAUGUUCUUUUUUUGAAGUAUGAGGACAUGAAAGAAGAUUUAAAAUUUCACUUGAAAAAAAUGGCUGAGUUUUUGGAUCGUCCUUUUACAUUGGAGGAGGAAAGUGAGGGUGUGAUUGAAAAUAUAAUAAAGUUGUGUAGUUUUGAGAAAAUGAAGGGGUUGGAGAUAAAUAAUACAGGAACAUUUGGAAGGAACUUUGAGAAUAAGUUCUUGUUUAGAAAAGGUGAAGUUGGUGAUUGGAGUAAUUAUCUUUCACCUUCAAUGGUUGAAAAAUUGUCCAAGGUCAUUGAAGAGAAGUUAGGUGGAUCUGAUCUCAAUUUUAGAGUGAAAUAGGGUUGCUACAACUCCUAUGUUUCUCUCCUAAACUAUGAAGUCAACUUAUCACUCUAUGAAAUAAUGUUGAUUAAUAGUUAAUCAAGAAUCAAAAUAUAUAUACAAUUGUGUUUGUGUUAUGUGUAACUCAAUGCUAUACAACUAAUUGUAUAGUGGUGAGCCUCAUUAUAUACUAUGCUAUGUUGCAUUUAGCUAUUUUAUUUCUAUGCAUGAAUUUCAUAAAUGGUGUUGCAAAUGUUGUUAUGGUAUUUCCUUUUCAUAAUAAAUAAUAAAAAGGUUUUAUUUGUACCCUA